AUAGUGCAGUAUUUAUCACCGUGUCUUAUUUUCCUCAUUUUUUGUUUCAUUCAGUCCUCCAAAUCACGUGUUUCUCGAUACCGCCGUUAAACAUGGCUGAUUCCACCACUGCCGCCGCCGCCGUCAAUUCACCCCUCCGCCGCCAUAACUCCAUAUCGGCGAUAACACCAACAAAGCCACCAAUACGCACAUCAAGCUUGGAUUUAGAGCUUCUUCUACUCAAAUCUCCUUCUUCUUUCACUUCAUACACAUCACUCAGAGACAUGCUUCCUUCUCCUCACGCCGUCAACUCUCCGACCGCUUCCUCUGCCACCAUGAACUCCGGCUAUGAGAUCUCAAUCCGCAACCGUCUUGUCAAGCAAGCUGCCAGGUCUUAUCUCCAGCCCAUGUGUUCUUCCGUCGGGAACUCCUCUGCUCCUAAUUUCCUCCGCCGCUUUUGGCACCGUCUCUCCUCCGCCAACCACCUUACGGAUUGUUUCAUCUCCAUGGUUUCGGGUUUUACCCGAAUUUUUUAUCAGAUACUCCAUACUUUCCGUGGCCAAGUAAGAACAUAACACUAUCCUUCAUAAUGGAAUGGAGUAGUGGACGCUUAUUUUGUAAUCCUUUGCUUUUUCUUAGAUUGACUUAAAAUUUCAAUAUUGAAGAACAUAUACCCUAUGUUUCUCAAUUUUCAUUUUCUA